AGGACAGCUAUCUCGCACACCCCACAAGAGACAGGGCAAAAAUCCAGCACUCCCGCCGCCCCCCAACUCGGGGACACCUCAUGGCUGUGGCUUCCACCUCUACCUCCGAUGGGAUGCUGACCUUGGACCUGAUACAAGAGGAAGACCCUUCCCCUGAGGAGUCCACUUCCUGUGCCGAGAGCUUCCGGGUGGACCUGGACAAGUCUGCGGCCCAGCUGGCAGGCAGUCGGCGGAGAGCAGACUCGGACCGCAUCCAGCCCUCCUCAGACCGGGCCAGCGGCCUCCCUCGGCCUUGGGAAAAGCCCGACAAGGGGGCCACCUACACCCCCCAGGCCCCCAAGAAGUUGACACCGGCAGAGAAAGGCCGCUGUGCCUCCCUGGAGGAGAUCCUUUCUCAGCGGGACACGGCCCCUGCCCGCAUCCUCCAACUGCGGUCCGAGGAGUCUGCAGCCCCCCGCCCACCCCACCCAGGGCAGCUGUCCCGCAUCCAGGACCUGGUAGCGAAGAAACUGGAGAAGACUCAGGAGCUGCUGGCAGAGGUUCAGGGACUGGGAGACGGCAAGCGCAAGGCCAAGGACCCCCCACGAUCUCCUCCUGAUUCUGAGUCAGAGCAGCUGCUGCUGGAGACGGAGCGGCUGCUGGGAGAGGCCUCAUCAAACUGGAGCCAGGCAAAGCGGGUGCUGCAGGAGGUCAGGGAGCUGAGGGACCUGUACAGACAGAUGGACCUGCAGACACCGGACUCCCACCUCAGACAGACCACCCAGCACAGUCAGUACCGAAAGAGCUUGAUGUGAGGGAAGGCGGUGUCUGGACUUGGGGGGUGCGGACAGACUCUUAUCUCCAAGUGUUGCAGGAUAAAGCUUUUUUAUUUACCUCAAUCCAAAAAAAAAAAAACCCACAAACACAAACUCAUUGCCCU